ACUAUUUUAAUGUGAAAGUUUCACAAAGAACAGCUGUAAAGUGAACUUUUGUGUGUGUUUGUGAUUUUCAACACAAAUAAAGCCAAAAAGAAAGAAAUCAUAAAGAGACAAGUGUGAUCAUUGUCAUUAAUACAGAAGCACACAAAAAAAAGAAUCAUUUAACAUUAAAAUAUAAAAUAGUAAGAAUAAUAAAAGUAAUAAAAAAAGUCGUCCAAGGACUUUACAAAGUGACCUCAAGUGUCAAUAAAAAAAUAUUAUUUAAUAAAUAAUUGAAACAAAUCAAGAAAAAAAAAAGAUGGAUCAAUUUAAUUCAGACCCAUGGCCAUCACCACCAAUAAUCGAUGGACUUAAUGAUCAAAUGGAUUCACUAGCUGAUCUACAGCAGGAAGGAGCUUUUGAGCCGCAAAUUCGUGCACGUUCGAACACAUGGCCAUUGCCGCGACCUGAAAAUUUCGUUGAUCAGGGCGAUGACGCAGAAAAUAAUCAACAAUGUAAUAAUCAGCAAUCUGUUACUGGAAUUCCACCUACACCAUCAUCAGCGUCAAAGAAAAAUUCAUCGAGACGCAAUGCAUGGGGAAAUUUGUCGUAUGCAGAUCUUAUAACAAAAGCAAUUAGUUCAUCGACAGACAAUAGAUUAACAUUAAGUCAAAUUUAUGAGUGGAUGGUGCAGAAUGUUCCAUAUUUUAAAGACAAAGGUGAUUCCAACAGCAGUGCUGGAUGGAAGAACUCAAUUCGUCACAAUUUGUCACUACACAAUCGAUUUAUGAGAGUACAAAACGAAGGAACUGGCAAAUCAUCUUGGUGGAUGUUAAAUCCUGAUGCAAAGCCCGGAAAAUCUGUGAGACGACGAGCUGCAUCUAUGGAAACGUCGAAAUUUGAAAAGAGACGUGGGCGAGUUAAGAAGCGCGUCGAACAAAUAAGAAAUGGAGUGAUAACAAAUGUAUCUGCUGUUCUAAAUGACGUCAAUUCAUCACCCGGCAGCAGUGUGAGUGAAGGAUUGGAUAUAUUUCCAGAGAGUCCACUUCAUAGUGCAAACUUCCAAUUGUCACCUGAUUUUCGACAAAGGGCAAGCUCAAAUGCAAGUUCAGUGGGAAGACUGAGUCCGAUUCCAUCAUUAGCAAUUGAAAAUGAUUGGGAUUGUUUCGUGGAAACGGAUACUGCCAAUGGUAAUGGUGCAUCGUCAAAUCCAAUACUUGAAGACUUAGCCGGUUCACUAGCUGAUGAGUUAACAUUACAAAAUGAUUUAUUUAAUGGGUUUACGACAGCAAGUUUACAUCAUCCACCACCUCCACCCUACCAGCCACCACAAUAUUCAAUGCACACGACUAUGCCAACAACGACAUAUGGCUUGAAACAGCCUCCACAAGCAAUUCAUUUGCUACAGAAUAAUACACGAGAGAGUAUGUCACCAGGAUCAGUUACCGGAAUGUCACCAGCAUACAGUGAACCUUCACCCGAUUACUCGAUGCUCGUCAAUCAAAAUCGACUUCCGAGACCAUCAUCAAAUAGUCCACCUUUAAAUAAUACACAAAAUCUUAAUACAACACAACAUAUCGGACAUAACACACCUUCCACUCUAAUGGGUCAAUUCAUUGAGGUUCUCAACAAUCAAGCAAAUUUGGAUGACUUAAAUUUAAAUUUAGAGUCAUUUCAAGGCGGAUUGGAUUGUAAUGUCGAUGAAGUAAUAAAACACGAACUCAGUUAUGGACCUUUAGAUUUUAAUUUUCAAAACAACAAUCAAGAAGGAAUGGUGGAUACGAUAAAUGGCGGUGAUGUCCAACAACAACAUUCGACAGCUAAUCACAAUCAUGGACAGUAUCAGCAAGCGAGGGCAAGUAAUUCGUGCAAUUCGUGGGUUCAUUAAGGCGUUUAUCAAAUGCCAAAAUGGAAACUUCUUGUAGAAAAAAAAGAGAAAAAAAAUCCUUAAAGAUUAAAAAAAUGUAAAUCAUAAGAAAAAAAACCAAGUCAAAUACAGUAAAAAGAAAAACUAAUUGAUGGAACAUCAGGCCAGAAAAUGCGCAAAAUGGAAGUGAUUUAAGAAGAAAGGACAAAAUUUUUUUUGGAAUCAAAAAUGCAUGCUUGAUAGAAGAUGAUGAAAAAGAAUGUUGAAGACGAAAAAGUUUUAUUUUAUUGAGGAUAUAAAAAAAAAAUGUUGUAGUUAAUUGUCAAGCUUAUUAAUUUUCAAUACAGACGAUGGAUUGAACUAAUGUUAAAUGCUAAAUAAAUUUUUAUUUCUUUCGCUCGAAUAAAAAGUGUUAAUUUUUUUCCUAAUUUCUUUUUAGUUUUGUUUUCCACUUUUUUGUUUAUUUGUUAUGCAUACACAUGUUAUGAGAAUGCUAAGCAUUGAUUCUUACAAUUUUUUUAAGUUUGAUCUCAGGUUCUGUAGACAGAAAAGAGAAAGAAAGAAUUAUGAAAAC